AUGGGGUGGGAGGUUGAUGACGAAAAAAUCUUCGCCCUUUUGGGGUCGUGUUCAGCACAGCAAGGCCAACAGUUUCCAACAGGGCAACAAUUUCAGCCUGGUCAACAACUACGACCUGGUCAACAAUUUCAACCAGGACAGCAAUUUCAGCCCGGACAAACGCAAGCGGGACAACAAUUUCAGCCAGGACAAACGCAACCAGGACAACAAUUUCAACCCGGACAAACACAACCGGGGCAACAAUUUCAACCCGGACAAACACAACCGGGGCAACAAUUUCAACCCGGACAAACACAACCGGGACAACAAUUUCAACCUGGCCAAACGCAACCAGGGCAACAACUACAGCCUGGACAGGUUCAACCCAGCCAACAAUUUCCUACAGGGCAAGUUCAACCUGGGCAACAAUUUCAGCCCGCGCAACAAUUUCAACCGGGCCAACAGGCUCAACCUGGUCAACAAACCGGUCAAAUGCAGCCUGGACAACAAGUUCCAGGACAGACUCAACCAGGUCAACAGACAGAUCCUAAUCAACCACCGACCAUUGACCCAAAUGCAGUUCCUCAGCCAGGGCAGUGUAUACAACAGGUACAGCAAAUAAGUGUGAAUUGUUUUAUGAAACAAGGGGUCCCGAUACAGCUUGCUGACGCCAUUAUUACAAACGGAACCAUGGUCCAGCUUCCUCCGAAUGCCAAUCUACCAGAACUUCGGAACGCUCUUUGCGCGAUCAGAACAGACCUUAUUCAGUGUAUCAUUCCGCCGACCUUAACUAUGCGAGACCAAGGGGCAUGUGUAGACAAAAAGGAGUUCAACUUCGCGGAGGGACAAAUAGUAAACCGUAUUAAUGCUUUGCAGUCUGUCUGUGGAGCAGGUAAUCUUUCGCCAGCUAGUGAAUGCAUCAAAACAUUAAAACCUGAUAUGCAGAAAUGCCACGAUAAAGUCGGGUUUGAAAAAUCCAUGUUUGUGAGCAAUUCUUCCGCCGUGAAAGGAGCCCUGAUUGGGCGAGACAAACCAUCCGCCGUGAGGUUCUGUGCCUCUCGUCUUGAACUGUACCAAUGCAUGAGGGGUGUAAUUGACGCUUGCCCGGGGGCCCCGGAAUACAUGUUACUGACAGGAUAUGAUCACGAUUCUAUGGAGAAGAGUAUUGAGGUUUUGUGCCAGGAUAUUGAUGUAUACGUGAACGGCCUGUCGUGUUUCCAAGAACCCCCUCCCUCAGUCAUUACUUGUUUCGAUAACAUGAUGGCUAAGAUGAUUGAAUUAACGGCGAAGGAGAUCGAAAAUGUCGUCGACAAGGAAAAGUACUUCAAGGAAUAUUGCAAGGUGAGAGUUGAACAUCUCCAGUGUGACAUGAAAGGAUGGAAGGACAAAUGUCCAGCUGAAAGCGUUGGACUCAAGAACGAACAUGAGUGUACUUUACUUCCGGCUCGGUGUCAGAAGGACGCUUCGCUCAACCAACAGUUAGAAAGUGUAUGCAAGGUCUCCAAUUUUGAACGGAAGUUACGUCAAUUGCAAGCAGGCAGCAAGGGAGAUAAUGCGGCUGGUGCGGUGCACAGUUCAAUUAUUGGAACAGCUAUUGGAUUAAUAAUCUCUUUGGUUCUUGGUGCUUUAUAA